ACGGCCCCAUAUAUACUCAGUGGGGAGCUUCACUUGUUGAAUUGGUAGAGAAUUGCAUGAUGGGUGACAAAGAAAUCCCCAAAAAACAAGCUGCGAAUGGGUCGAAGAACAAGAAGAAGAAGAAGAGAGGUGGUUCAAAGAAGAGAAUGACAUCUGAACAGACUUCGGCAUACAAUUGUGUGAGUGAAUGGGUUUUCUUGGACCGCCCUCAUUUACCCAAUACUGACGAUUUUUCCAUUCCCUGGAAUCAACCCAAAGAGAAGUUAGUCUUUGAAUUGCAUUCUCAUUCUAUUCAUAGUGAUGGCUUCUUAUCACCUUCCAAGCUCGUCGAAAGAGCCCAUCAAAAUGGGGUGAAGGUUCUUUCAUUGACAGAUCAUGAUACUCUAUCUGGCAUCCCCGAAGCACUGGAAGCAGCUAGUAGAUUUGGCAUUAAAAUUAUUCCUGGAGUUGAAAUUAGUACAAUGUUCACCCAAGGGAGGGACUCUGCAUCAGAUGAACCAGUGCACAUUCUUGCAUACUACAGCAGUUGUGGACCAGCAAAAUUUGAUCAAGUGGACAAGUUCCUGAGUAGUAUAAGGGAUGGGCGUUUCCUCCGUGCGGAGAACAUGAUUUUAAAACUUAACAAACUGAAGUUGCCACUUAAGUGGGAGCAGGUAGCAAAAAUUGCAGGAAAGGGAGUUGCUCCAGGGAGGCUGCAUGUUGCCCGUGCUAUGGUUGAAGCUGGCCAUGUGGAGAAUCUAAGACAGGCUUUUUCCCGAUAUCUUUAUGACGGAGGACCUGCUUAUGCUACGGGAAGUGAGCCACUUUCAGAGGAGGCCGUCCAAUUUAUAUGUGAGACAGGAGGUGUAGCAGUUUUGGCACAUCCAUGGGCAUUAAAAGAUCCAAUUGCUGUUGUUAGAAGAUUGAAAGAAUUCGGGCUACAUGGUAUAGAGGCCUACAGGAGUGAUGGAAAACUAGCAGCAUACAGUGACCUAGCAGAUUCUUAUGGUCUGCUGAAGCUUGGAGGUUCAGAUUUCCAUGGAAGAGGAGGGAAGCAGGAGUCUGAGGUCGGAAGUGCGAGCCUUCCAAUGUUGGCUGUGCAUGAAUUUCUGAAAGUGGCCCGCCCUAUCUGGGGCAGAGCAAUUAGUGAAAUUCUGGAGAAUUACAUAAAAUAUCCGUCAGAAACGAACUUUCAACUUAUUAUGAGUUUUGGAAAGCCUAAAGUCUGCAAGGGCAUUUCUCCUGCGAGUUGUCCCGGUGAUUUUAUGGGACAAUGCUUGUCACUGUGGUUGACAAAUGAGGAGACGCAGAAUGCGGAAUUUGAAGCCAUCAAAUUGAAGCUUGCAGCCAUAUCUACCAAUCAAUGAUUAGGUUCUGCAGCGCGCGCUGCAAUGAGGAUAUUCUUUUGCCAUAAUUUUGGGACACCAAAGCUUCACAUAUCUAUUUAUCUAACAUCUCUAUCUAUAUUAUUAUAAUUGUCUUCACAGAAGAGACGUGGUACAUCGCUUGGGCAAGAAAAACUAUUUAUGGAGCAAUGCAACUUUUUUGUAUGACUAUUUAGCUGUGUCUUUGCUUUAAAUCUUUUUUACUUCUACCA